UCACUAAAGCAUAUCACCACAGAAUUUCCGCAGUUAAUGACUUGCAUCAAUUAUUUUUUCUGUACAACUGCACGGUCUGUCUUGUGUUUUUUCUUACAGGUUUGUCAUCUGACUGGGUGGGAUGCAAUGCAUUGUGAUCACCAUACUUAAGCACCAUACUGUGAUCUGUUUGAUGAGGACUAGAUUUCUGAGGAGGAAUAAAAGAUAUCCACUUUAGUCGACACUCUGUUUAUCUGCAUUCAUUUGGCACGAGAACAUGAAAAGGUUGCUGCUACUGGAUAUAAUACUUUAUGGCAUCCUGGUUAACAACACCUGGGCCUGGUCAGUUCGCAUGCCACACAGCGUUAAUGGCCUAUACAGAUCCUGCAUUGUUAUACCAUGUUCAUUCUCCUAUUCAUCCUAUCCACCUCAUAACGCUUAUCGGAUAGUGUGGUAUCAGUAUGUUGAUCGUGGAUAUCCUCUAGUGUAUGACAGUUGGAACCCUAUGGAAGUGAUUGAUAAGUACAGAGGAAGAACCAGUAUAUAUAAGGGAUCUCACUUGGACUGCAGUCUAGUGAUUGAUGACCUUAGUUUUUCCCACGAUGGAGACAGAAUAUAUACCUGGAUAGACCCGGAAAAUGUUGGAAGGAGAACUUUCAGAUUCUUUGAUGUUACUACUCUAAUUCAUGUUAAGUCAGCUGCAGACAAGCCCAUUGUUUCCAUUUCUGGGGGUUAUAAAAUUGGAGAAAGCAUUACAGUUCAAUGCACAACGCAACACUCCUGUCCUUAUAAACCCCCCUCCCUAAGUUUGACUGGGAUAGACAAAAAACCUGGAGCAGAAGACAGAUUGACAAACAACGUAAUUAGUUCUGAUGGCACCUGGCAAAUCAGACUAAAACGUGAAGGGAUUGUUCAGUCUGAAAGACACACAUUUCUGUGUUCAGUUAGACACAGGGGUGGGCUCUCUGAAUCCACUACAAAAACACAUAUUGCACAGUGUUCCAUUGAUCAAGCCAGGAUUACUCCUGAUUCAAACACAGAGUUUCUGGAGGGUCUGGAACAAGACAUCGUUUGCUCUGUUACAUACAUGUGCACCAAAAACCAACCUCAUUUUCUGUGGAAUGAUGGACAGUUACAUGGAAUCACAUCAUCCCCUACAAAACGAGGAACAAAAUAUGAAGCUAGAUCCACAUUAAAGUUCACAGCAAAGGCUGAUGAUCAUGGCAGGACCAUUACCUGCCAAACAAAUUUAGAAGGGAAUGUUCAAAGAGUGCAAAUUACUUUAAGAGUUAAGAAAUCAAUGGGCUCACUUGACUGGAGUAUCACAAUGCCCAGCGCAAUCACUGGUGUCCGAGGUUCCUGUGUGGUCAUUCCCUGCAGUUACAAAUUCAAAAAAUCCCAAUAUAGUGGUGCUGAAGUGAAAUGGUAUAAACGCUCCUCUCCAAAAAACUCUGUGGUUUAUGACCAAUCAACAUCCAAUAUCAUUAAUGAUUUCAAAGGAAAGACAAGUUUAUAUGGAUCAAACGACAAAAACUGCAGCUUAAUGAUCCAGCCGCUUGAGAUCCAACAUAAGGAAAUACUUUUUCCCUGGAUGGACCAAAAGUCUAUUGAAGAAUACCACCUAGACAAUGUAAAUGAUAUAACAAUUACCCUUGAUGUGAAAGAUACUGCUGAGAAACCACAGGCAGAACUUCUUGGCAUAGCCAAAGUUGGUGAGCCAGUAACCUUGUCCUGCAGUGUGUUGCACACCUGUCCUCCAACACCCCCAACACUGAGCCUGAGUAUUUCACGUGAGACUCCAAGUUUUACACACACACCCCUACAUAAUGGGAUAUGGAAGAAAACCAUAGAGAUUACAUGGACAGUUGAGGAAAAUGAUAAUUCUGUUACUUGUACUGCGAGUUAUGCACAUGGACAGACAUCAAAGACUGAAAUCAGUCUUAAUCCUUUAUGUCCCACUGAUCAAGCCCAGAUUACUCCUGAUUCAAACACAGAGUUUCUUGAGGGUGUGGAACAAGACAUUGUUUGCUCUGUUACAUACACAUGUACUAAAGACCGACCUUACAUUUUUUGGAGCGGUGAACAGUUACCUGGCAGCACGUUUCAUAUAUCAAAGCAGGGAACAAAACAGAAAGCUGAAUCCACAUUAAAGUUCACACCAAAAGCUAGUGAUAACGGCAAGACCAUUACCUGCCAAGCAGAUUUUAAAGGGAAUGUUCAAACAGUGGAAAUCACUUUAAGGGUUCAAAGGUCAAUGGGCUCACUUGACUGGAGUUUCACAAUGCCCAGCACAAUUACUGGCAUCCGAGGUUCCUGUGUGGUCAUUCCCUGCAAUUAUGAAUUCAAAAACCUCCAGCAUAGCACGACCAACGUAAAAUGGUAUAAACUCUCCACUUCAGGGUACCUUCUGGUGUAUGACCAAUCAACAAACAAUAUCAUUAAUCGGUUCAAUGGAAAGACAAGUUUAUUUGGCUCCUCAAAUGGCAAAAACUGCAGCUUGAAGAUCGAGCCACUUGAAAUGCAGCAUAGUCAGGAAAGACUAUUUCCCUGGAUGGACCCAAAUUCUAUUCAAUCAUACCACAGCAAAAAUUUUGAUCAUGAAACUAUUGCCCUUGAGGUGACAGAUAUUGCUGCGCCACCACAAGCAGAUCUUCUUGGCAUAGCCAAAGUUGGUGAGCCAGUAACCUUGUCCUGCAGUGUGAUACACACCUGUCCGCCAACACCCCCAACACUGAGUCUUUCUCUGAGUAAUUCUCGUGGCACUCGAGACUUAAUUCACACACCCCUUCAUAAUGGGAAAUGGAAGUUAACCAUGGAGGUUACCUGGACCGUUGAGGAAUAUGACAAGUUUGUUACUUGCACCGUGAGUUACGCAGGUGGACAGACAUCGAAGACUGAAAUCAGUCUUAAUCCUUUAUGUGACUUUCAGAAACCUGUAAUAAGUCCAAGCCAAGAUGAGGCCAUGGAAGGAAUUGAGAAGAGCUUUACCUGUACUGUGAACCACACUUGUCAAAAAGAAAAACCAAACAUAAUCUGGAAUUACCAAAACCUGCCAGUUUCUGUUGAAACACGUAAUGUUUCCCCCUAUAGUUGGAAAACAGUUUCCACUUUAAAACUGAAACCAUCAAGGCAUGACCAUGGAAAGACAUUAACAUGCACAGCUCAAACUACAGAGAGAGAGACUUCAGAUCAUGUUACUUUAAAAGUAAAAAGGGGGAUGCAAUCACUGGACUGGACAUAUACAAUGCCCAGCAAGAUCACAGGUCUCCGGGGCUCCUGCCUGGUCAUUCCAUGCAGCUUUGAUUUCAAAACGGAACAACAUAGCAAUGUUAAGGUGAAAUGGUACCUAUACUCCACAACAGAGUACCCUUUAGUGUAUGGCCCAGAUAAUGAGGAUGUCCUCAGCAAAUUCAAUGGCAAGACAAGACUGUACGGAUUGCCUAGUGAGAAAAAUUGCAGUUUGGAAAUAAAGCAACUUGAUAUGCUCCAUAAUGGGGAUAGAUUGUAUCCCUGGAUUGAUCCAAAACCAGUUCAGUCAUUUCACAAGGAAAAUUACUAUGACAAAUCUAUUGAACUCCAAAUAACAGAACAAGCCCUUAAACCAAAACUAAGUAUUACUGGCGUACCAAGAGUGGGAGAGCAAGUCACAGUGUCCUGUAGUGUCCUGCAUACCUGUCCGCCCAAUCCUCCAAGUCUGUCUGUGGGGAAAGCACUUGAUACUGACAUCACUGUACACACUCCAGUAGAGGAUGGCUUUUGGGAAACCAUCAGGGUUCACACAUUUAUAAUUAAGGAAGAGGAGCAAACUGUUACAUGUAAAGCCACAUUCCAUAGUGGACAGACAUCAGAAGCACAAAUCAAUCUCAAUGCUCAGUGUACCUAUAAGGAUAUAACCAUUGAUCCUGAGGUGGCUGAUGUUGUGGAGGGUGUUGGGAAUAACUUUACAUGCACAGUUUUCCAUUCCUGCAAGGAUCAGCCUCCAGUUUUCACCUGGAACUACAAAGACAUGCCAGACACUGUGGGGACUAAAAAAGGCCCAUCAUUAACCUGGGCCACCUACUCCAAUGCAUUAUAUAUAGCUUCAGUGGAGGAUGAUGGCAAGAAACUGACUUGCACUGCAACAUUUCCUGGUGGAGAGAUCACAACUUCCAUUGUUUUACAGGUUCAAAGAUACGUGCCAAAAGUGGUGGAUCCAUUUGAGAAUGACACUCUCCAUGUUUUCGAGGCACAUGUCGCGCCUAGGAUCAGUGCUUUGACCGGCUCCUGUGUGGUGAUACCCUGUACUUUCCAGACUGGUAACGAAUUCAUUCCGCGCCUUCGAGGUCUGUGGUACACCAAUAAGGGAAAAUAUGUUUACCACACUGGACAAUCCAAUGUUAUGGACAACUUUAAGGGCCGCACAAAGCUUCUGGGGAAUCCAGAUGACAAGAACUGCACUUUAGAAAUUGAUAAUGUUCAAGCUCAUGAUAACGGGCCAUUCUGUUUCCGUGCGGAAAAAGGCAACGAUAAGUACAGCUUCAACCACAGCUGUGUGUUCAUCAUCAUGAAAGCAUCUCCAGACAAGCCUGUGAUAUCGGCUCUUCCUGAGAAGAUGGAGCCAGGAAAGCGAUUCACAAUAAACUGUUCUGUCAAUCAUACAUGUUCCUCAUAUCCCCCAAAUAUCACAUGGAAUGUUCCGGCUGCCAGAGAAGUGGUGAGCCACGUGGAGAGAAGUGCAGGCAAAUGGGAAACAACGUCCACAAUUACUUUCAUCCCAACAGGCUAUGAAGAAGUAGAAAAUCUCAUUUGUCGAGCCUCUUUCAGGAAGGGAAAGUACGAAGAAAGCUCAACCUUACUGAGUGUGAAACGAUUUGAAGGACUGGGUAUGGACAGCAUAGGACUUUAUAUAAUUCUGCCUUUGUUUACAUUAUUGCUUUUUUGUAUUGCUGCGGGAAUCAUUUGUAGAAGAAGAAUCCAGAAGAAAUCUAGUGAUGAACCAACACCUGAAAGAAGAAGAUCAAUUUGGAGCCAACUUUCCAGGAGAUACAAUGGGGCUGCAAGCUGGCUAAACUCUUCUAUGGAAACUAGCUCACCUCCAAGGCCACCAAAACCAGAGAAGAGGCGUAGCGUCUGGAGCAGGUUUUCCAGAAGAGGUCCAGUGACCAGUACAGAUCUGACAGUGCAGUACAAAGUAAACAAUGUCAGUGCAGCAGCCACAUCUGCAGGAUAUUCAAAACCCCACUUUCCAUCACCAAAGAGUGAACCAAAGUGCUACAUAUCAGGUGGUGGCCACUUAGCAAAUUAUGAUGAUGAUUACACCAACACUGCAGAUUUCAAAAUGCAUCGGAAAAUGUAAUCAUGACAGAGGAGUCUAUGCAGAAGGAGUGAAAUACCGUUGUUUUUCUAUGACUUGGCUAAUUUGGAAUUUAUUCAGUUUUUAGAGUGUUGUUUUUUGUAAGAUAAUAUUAAGACAAAGCAGUGGUUACUGUAGCAGGUGUUUUGUGAUGGCAGAUAAAAUAGGAAAAGAAUGAAAUGAAAUUGAGAUACUGAGAAUAAGAAGAUGUAUGUAUGUUAUUCAAUGUAUGUUAUUCUUUUUGUUUUCAGAUGUCCUGUAUGUAUGAGUGUUGACAAUGUAUAAAUAUAAUAUACAUCAUUAGUAUGCACCAUUUUAUAGCAUAUUGCCUCUGAUAGCUUCUUUCUGUAUUAUGUUAUAUGCACGUGGAAUGAGAUUGUGUGCUGAAUAAAAAUUGGAACAUUA